GAGAUAACGCCGGGAUCCUUCAUCCCCGCAUGAUUGUUCUAACAUCGGAACGAUCGGUCGGCAGUGGUCGGUCGUUGCACCCCAUGAGUCCCAAACCAUGCAGGCCUCCAAGUCACUUGCCCGUCGGCAUCAGCAGUCGCACGACGUGCUACGACGAUCUCCAGUUGCCUGUGAGCGCUGUCGGCGGCGGAAGCAAAAGUGUUGUGGCACUCCCCCUUACCCCUGUGCGGCCUGUGUCGAUGCUGGCCAGACGUGUGUCUACUCCGAGUCAGAGAAGCGCAUCAGCGUAACGGAAAGCUAUCUGCUCAGAUUGCAAUCGCAGGCGCGGGCGGCCGGUACGCGUGUAGACAAUGGCAUGCCCAGCCCGGCCGACACGACGGCCACGGAGGUCGAUUGGGCCUUCCCAGGCACUGAUAACUGGGUUCUGUGCCGGCCAGGACAAUACCACUAUAUGGGCAACUCGUCGUCGACAUACAUUGCGAACCGGCUCAACCCGACGACCGAGACUCUUGCUUGGCAUAUAUAUCCGCACUAUGAGGACACUUCGUGGCUGCGGCGUCCCCCGAUGAUGCCCGAGAUGCCGCAGCUCCCACCGUACGACUUUGCUAAGCGCCUCUACCUUGCUCAGCACGCCUACAUCGGGACCAUAUUUUCAUUCCUCGACGAUGAUGGCUUUUACGACCGCCUGAACCAUGUGUAUGCCUCUCCCCCAGACUUGGGCGACCGCGACGACUGCCUCAUCUACUGUCAGAUGCUGCUUAUCUUCGCCUUUGGCCAAAUGUACUCGGUCAACCAGUGGGCCGGCCACGACGGCCCUCCCGGCUUCCACUACUUCAAGUGCGCUCUGCAGUUCCUGCCAGACGUGCGCGAGGACGGCUCGGUCCUGUUCGUCGAGGUGCUGAGCUACGUCGCCUACUACAUGCAGACGCUGAACCGGCGCGACUCGGCCUACCUGUACAUCGGGCACGCGCUCCGCAUGGCCGUCUCGCUGGGUCUGCAUCAUGAAGUAUUGGAUCAAGAGAUGGACCUGUACGAACGCGAGCGUCGCCGGCGGGUAUGGUGGUCGACGUAUAGCCUCGAGCGGUUGCUGAGCGUCACAUCAGGCCACCCCAUCUCGGUCAGCGACGAUGACAUGGAUGUGCUGCUGCCUAGCCCAAUUGAGGGCGAGGACGCACGCCGCUGCGUCGUGCUGCGCAACUACACGCUACUGUCGCGCAUCCUGGGCCGCAUCGGCCAGGACAUCUACCGCAAAAAGCGCCAGUCCGGGACCAGCCUCUCGGCUUCGAUCCAGGAUAUCAUGAAGAGCCUGUCUGAGUGGUUCGCCGGCCUGCCAUCCGAGAUGCGCCUCGACCCCGCCGACCUCGACAAGCAGAUCAACCGCGAGAUCGUGUCUACGUACCUGCACUACUACCACUGCGUCAACAUGACGGCGCGGCCGCUGCUGCUAUAUGCCGUGCAGCGGCAGAUGGCAGCCAACGCCACCAACGGGCAGCGUGCCAGCGGUGCCCGCUGGGAGGACGGGCUGUCCGCCGACAUUGUCAGCGUCAUUGACACCUCCAUUACAGCAGCCCGUUCCAGCACGUCCAUCUUGAGCGCGGCCGCCAAGCAUAACCUCGUCGCCACCUACGGUUUCCUCGACGGUGAGCAGGCCUUCUCAGCAGCGCUUCUGCUCGUCAUGGUCAAUAUCGCCUUCCCCUACAGGCAGACGAACGCCUCGGCGAUGGACACGGCACUCCUGGUGCUGCAGGGCAUGGCCGAGAAGGGCAACAAGUACAUCCGCGCGUGCCACACGCUGCUGACCAAGAUCCGCGCCACCAAGAAGCCGAGCACGCCGCCACCGCCGGGAGACACGCACGGUGACGGCGGCCAGGGCGAGCAGCCGGCGUGGGUCGUGCCGGACGGUGGUGGUGGUGGCGAGCAGCCGGGACAGCAAGAACAGCAGAUUCCGUUUGACAUUGGCGCGGACGAGGAUCCGUCCAUGUGGGCUGAGGUGAUUGGUUCGAUCGGCAUUGAUAUGGACCGCCAGUGGAUUGAAAUGGCGCUGAUGCGUGGGGAGGAUAUGGGUGGGGACGGCGAUGCUGGAAACUUUGAUGAUCGUAGAGAAGGAUAGGGAAUCUUCUUGGGUAAUUAUAUGUAUGUGCUUGUACAAACAAGAAAGUGAAAUCAUCAAGUACACACACGUAAAAUGAU